UACAUCCUGCGUGAAGCUACCACAGACAGUAUGAGCAUAGAAGCGGAACAGGAUGAUGUGAUAGAGGAGGAUGAAGAAGAUUCGGUAUGGUCGGGAGACGAUGAAGAUGAUGGAAGCUAG